GGAAGUGAAUUAUAUUGCAGGAGACUCGAUUGCAGGAGGCGGCAUCUCAGUUAAGGUUGGCGGGAGCUGAGCGAUCGGUCUGGACUUCGCUGCUCUGCCUGGCCUAGCUCUGGUUUGGGGGCUUGCGGGCAGCGCUUUCUGCCUUGGGCGGGCAGGAUGCGGGUGGCUGUGGCCGGCUGCUGCCAUGGCGAGCUGGACAAGAUCUAUGAGACGCUGGCGUUGGCGGAGCGGCGCGGCCCCGGGCCGAUAGAUCUUCUGCUGUGCUGCGGAGACUUCCAGGCGGUGCGCAACGAGGCCGACCUGCGCUGCAUGGCCGUGCCACCCAAGUACCGCCACAUGCAGACCUUCUACAGGUAUUACUCUGGAGAGAAAAAAGCCCCCGUUCUCACAGUUUUCAUCGGAGGGAACCAUGAAGCCUCAAAUCAUUUGCAGGAGUUACCUUACGGUGGCUGGGUGGCCCCAAACAUUUAUUAUUUAGGUUUGGCAGGUGUGGUAAAAUACCGAGGUGUGAGGAUUGGUGGAAUCUCUGGUAUCUUUAAAUCUCAUGACUAUCGAAAAGGUCAUUUUGAGUGCCCUCCUUAUAAUGCAUCUACAAUAAGGAGUAUAUAUCAUGUGAGAAAUAUCGAAGUCUACAAAUUAAAACAGCUGAAGCAGCCUAUGGACAUAUUCUUAUCUCAUGAUUGGCCAAGAAGUAUAUAUCAUUAUGGAAAUAAGAAGCAACUUCUUAAGACUAAAUCUUUUUUCCGACAAGAAGUGGAAAAUAACACAUUGGGAAGUCCCGCUGCUUCUGAGCUUUUAGAGCACUUGAAACCUACUUACUGGUUUUCUGCGCACCUUCACGUGAAGUUUGCAGCCUUGAUGCAGCAUCAGGCCAAGGAUAAAGAACAGUCAGCCAAAGCAACCAAAUUUCUAGCCUUGGACAAAUGCUUGCCCCACAGAGACUUUCUUCAGGUAAUAGAAAUAGAACAUGACCCCAGUGCUCCUGAAUACUUGGAAUAUGAUACUGAAUGGCUUGCUAUUCUCAGGGCUACUAAUGACCUUAUUAAUGUGACUGAGCGCCCAUGGAAUAUGCCUGAAAACAAUGGCUUGCAUACAAGGUGGGAUUACAGUGCAACAAAAGAAGCUAUGAACGAAGUAAUGGAAAAAUUGAAUCAUGACCUCAAAGUUCCGUGUAACUUUAGUGUAACAGCUGCUUGUUAUGACCCUAGCAAGCCACAGACACAAAUGCAGUUGGUUCAUAGGAUCAGUCCUCAGACAACGGAAUUUUGUGCCCAACUUGGCAUCACUGACAUUAAUGUCAGGCUUCAGAAGGCCAAGGAAGAACAGCACUUGUGUGGUGACUAUGAAGGGCAGGAUGCGGUGGAGAGCAAUGACUCUGGAGAAGACCCUAGUGAAUAUAACACAGACACAUCUGCCCUGUCCUCGAUUAAUCCAGAUGAGAUAAUGUUAGAUGAAGAAGAGGAUUAUGAAGAUAGUAUUGUAAGUGCACACAGUGACAUGAACACACCUUCUGCAGAACCUUCUGACCAAGCUUCUGACUUUUCUGCGAGCUUCUCUGACGUGAGGAUCUUGCCAAGUUCCAUGAUUGUAUCUUCUGAUGAUACAUCAGGUUCCCCAGUUGGCAAAGAGGGGAAUUCUGGUGAGCCUCUGGAGUUGGGGGAUGGAAAGGUGCCCUUGAAGAGGCUGAGUAACGAACAUGAACCUGAACAAAGAAAGAAGAUCAAGAGGAGGAAUCAAGCCAUUUACGCUGCAGUGGAUGAUGAUGAUACAGCCUAAGACAGUUUACUUGUCUUAGUAGUAUAUGUAGAUAUGUGAUUUUUGAGACUAUAUUUUUAGAGUUGGAUCUUUGACUUAAAACUUUGUAAUAAUGAAGUUGUAUAAGAAAGCUUUAGUUAGAUAUUGACUCAAGGCUUUUGUAUGUUUCAGAUAAAAAAUAUUAAAAUUUCAUAUAUUGAUUGGAUACCCCUUUUUCUGAGAACAUAUAUUAUUCACUUUCAUUUUUUUCAGCAAACACUUAACUGAAUGUCUGGAACACUUUGUACCAGGCACUCUCCUAUAAGAUGGCACUGCAAAGGUGAGCAAGACAGGGAUUUUUGCCUUCAAGGCGUUACUACCAUUGUAAAUAUUUUGGUAUAUAAAAUAUGGUGUAUUUAUAUUUUCUUUUACAGAGUUAAGUGAUUAUUAUAUAUAUAUACUUAUAUAUGCUCUCUUUUCAUUUAUUAUAAAUAUUUUCCCUGGUCAGCUCUUAAUGUCUGCCAAAUAUAAUUGAAACUGAAGAUGGCAGGUAAGAUUUUAGGAAAUAAAUACUAAACACUGGUACACAUACUAUCUUACUGAGAUUAAUAUAACCCUGUUAACUUUUACAUAUUAUGUUUUAGCAUUAAUUUUAAUAAAAUUAACUAGAGUAACUGUACAGGUCAUUUGGUGCACAGCUCACUGAGUUGUAAUUACUGGCUGGAUUGAAUUGCACCAGUGCUGCCCUUCAUGCUGCAUAAUGGAUUGCUAGUGUUAAAGUGUGUUUAAAGAUCCAUGUGGAGAAACUACACCCCUGUCCUGUCUCUGGUUAGAAUGCCUGGGCCACCAGAGGAGAUUGUCGCCCUGCACUUGGGACCAGGAAACCAAGGACUAUUCCAGGAUCUUAUCCUCUCUCAGCAGUCCAAAUGCAGGAGCCAACUCAGGAGAAUGAUAUUGCAGUUGGCUUCCAUCCUGUCAGUAUCUGACUUUGGGGAUUUUAUCUUUAUUGCCUUUCAUUUUUUGUUUACUUUCUUUUUUGAGUUGAAUAAUUCAUUGGUUUUAAUUCUCACAUAAAGUAUUUUUAAAAAUUA